GCGAUUUGCCCGCACCAAACCAUCUGCGCCGCCGCUCCGUGCCAAGCGAAGGCGAGCUCACCAUUUUUAUAGAACACCACCAACUCAGCGUCGCAUCUCAUCUCCGGAGAGGGCGGAGACAGGAUACCCAUUCCCCAGCUUCGUCAGGUCACUAUCUCUCUCACUAAACCACCGGCCGGUGCGCUCUGCAUCUUUUAACCCUCCCCGCUGUCACGCUGACCUAACCAUGAUCUGCCUCAAAGCCUUCUCAUCCCCUCUCCACCUCCCGACCCUCCGCCGUCUCACCCCCACUUCCUCCCUCCGCGUCGCCGCCGCCACCAUGUCGUCCUCCUCCGCAGUCGCCACCCCGAUCGAGCACUUCGUGCUCUUCAAGGCCCGCCCGGAGGCGGUGACCUCGGGCGCCACGGCGGCGAUGGUCUCCUCGCUGCAGGCGCUCGCCACGGUCGUCCCGGGCCUGGCCUACAUCCACGCGGGGCCGGUGCUCCGCCUCCGGUCCCCGGCCGCGGAGGCGCUGGGCCCCACGCACCUCCUCCACUCCCGCUACGCCACCAAGGAGGACCUGGCGUCCUACGCGACGCACCCGGCGCACGUGGCCGCCGUGCAGAGCCACGUCCUCCCCAACGCGCUCGACAUCACCGCCGUCGACUGGGUCAACGCCGCGCCGCUCCCGUCCCCCGCGGGCCCCGGCAGCGCCGUGCGCCUCACGCUGGCCAAGGUGAAGGAAGGCGUGGAGGUCGCGCAGCUCGUGGAGAAAGUGGCCGCCGUGACCAAGGCCGCCGGGGACGCCAAGGGCGCCAAGGUGAGCUUCGGGGAGAACUUCUCCCCCGCGCGGGCCAAGGGUUACCAGUUCGGGAUGGUGGCGGUGUUCGACAGCGUGGAGGAGCUGGACGCCGUGGAGGGGGACGGCAAGGUCGAGGAGGCCAAGGCCGCGGUCAGGCCGCUGCUGGACGAGGUGAUGGUGCUGGACUUCGUCGUUGGAGAUGCUUCAACGCCUGCGAGCCUCUGAUUACAGGUUUCAGGUUCUCAGUUUCGGGAUUCUGAGUGUGUUGUUGAUUUCAGAAUAAUGGAUGGAUAGACUCCUUGUAGUUUGUCAACUUGUGAAAUUGGGAAUGACAGUGCAGUUAAUAAGAAUUGCUUCCCUUGAUUAAGGAUCAAAGUAGGCCACAGCUCCUGCUCUGAGAUCAAAGUCUAAGCUCCUCAACUAAGGUUUGCCUAGCACAAAUUAAGGAAUCAGUGAUAUGCAUGGCACAUUCGUCAAUCGGUCACUUGAAGUGCUCCCUAGUACGAGUACACUCUGCUAGUCUGCUCAUUCAAUUAUGAAGGAUGUUCUGUCAUGCCAUUU